CCAGCCGACGAUGGCGUCUAACAUGAGCGGGAUGUUUCCUGGUCAGCAGCCGCCUGGUCCGCAUCCUGUCGGUGGCCCCGGUGGACUGGGCCAACCGGGCUUUCCUGGUACUGGUGCCAGGACCCCGGGGAAUGCCACACUGGUGGACGAGCUGGAGGCCUCAUUUGAAGCCUGCUUUGCAUCUCUGGUAAGUCAGGACUAUGUUAACGGAACAGACCAGGAGGAGAUUCGAACUGGUGUGGACCAGUGUAUACAGAAGUUCUUGGAUAUUGCCAGACAGACAGAGUGCUUCUUCUUACAGAAAAGGCUUCAGCUGUCUGUUCAGAAGCCAGAGCAGGUGGUUAAAGAGGAUGUGUCAGAGUUGCGUAACGAGCUCCAGAGGAAAGAAAUGCUGGUGCAGAAGCACUUGACCAAACUGCACCACUGGCAACAAGUGCUGGAGGAUGUUAGCCUUCAGCAUCGUAAGCCCUCAGACCUCCCCCCUCCCGGACCUCUAACCUUUCUGGAGCAGGCAUCCGCAAACUUGCCCCCUGCACCUUUAAAACAGAAUUAAAACCUGACCACCCUUUUGAGGAAACCCCUGAACAAUCUGGCCUAGCUGAUAAGCUGAGGGCAAAGGUUACACAGACUGUUUUAGCUCAGCUUUUGUUUCAAGAACUGAGUUCUGUAAAUAUUUUAUACUCUGGAAAUUAAAGGAGUCUUGAAUCUAA